UGGGCGGCGGCGGCGCUGGGCCGGGGGGAGCCGCGAGGCCGGGAGCGGGGUAGGCUGCGCCCGUACUUAAGCGCGCUGCCCGAGCCGCUGACGUCUUUCGAAUUGGAGACGGGGCUGCCCCCUCCCGCCGCUGCGCCCGCGGACGCGGCCGGGCACCGAGGUGUGAGUGUCCAUCUAGAAUGUCCAGACAUGUGCAACAACUUAGAGACCAUGAUAUAAACCCAUGUGUAGCGGAAACAGAUGCCUCUAGAAAAUGUAUGGAUGAAAACAACUAUGACAAGAAUAUGUGUACUGAUUAUUUUUUGAAGUACAAAAGCUGCAGAAAAUUCUGGCAUGAUAUUAAGAUGGAAAGGAGAAGAAAUGGUGUGAAACCGGAGAUGCCCUCGGCAGAAGAGAGAAAGAAAAUAUUGGAAUCAAUAGGGAAGCCCUACUGACUACAGACUUGCAUUGUUUUACUUUUUCUCACUGUACAUAUGAAGACUUGUCAGCAGCAAGCUACUUAGACUGGCAACUUGACAGUUGUAUAUGGAAUUAAAAUAAGCUCUUGAAUUUUGAAAUAGAA